CAGAGGGAUAAAGGACAACAAAUAAGCAACUUAUUCACUAGAAGACAGGAACCGAAGAUGGUGUACAUUGAUGGGGAGGGUGGGAUCAGGUAGCUUGAUUCUGAGCUCAAAACCUACAGAGCUAACUGAGAGAGAGAGAGCCACACCUCAGCUUCCUUGAAAGGGGCUGUUUUUUGGGGUUUUUAAACCGCCUCAAGCUUAGUGCCAUCUUCCUGCCUGCAGCAACAAAAAAUGGUAUCAGUGUUGACUGAGAAUGGAGCAGAAACCACUCACCGUGUAAUCAGGAACAAACAGGCUUAGAUAAGUUUGCCCUGGGCUGUGGUUGACCAGAGACAUGGUCUCUGAUUUGAGUUGGUGGUGGCUAAUCGUCUUCAUACUGGUGGUUACUGGCUGAGUUGGAGAGGCUGGUGGAGGCUGAUGGCACUAAAAAGACUCUACUUAUCUCAAUGAAGGCACACAUCCUUUUCUCCUGUUUUUGUGUUUUAUCACUGUAUUUUUUAAAAGAAUGGCCGAGGGGAUGGGUCUGUCUGACAGCCACAAAUCCCACCACCUUCUCUAAAUACAACAGUAGCAGAGAUGUGACCAUCUUGCUGUGGUACUGGCCCUUCGGCAGGGCAUUCAGCCUGAUGGGUAAUGUGUGUUGGGACCUGUACCGCAUCCCUCGCUGUAGACUGGUGGACAAGCGCUCCUCUUUCUCCUCGGCUGAUGUGGUGGUCUUUCACAACAGAGAGCUGAUAGCGGGCCACCAGAAGCUGCCAUUAAACCUUACGCGACCUCAGGGCCAGAGGUGGGCCUGGAUGUCCUUGGAAUCCCCUGAUCACAAUGGAAACUUGCAGCAGUAUGCAGAUAUCUUCAACCUGACCAUAACCUACAGGAGGGAUGCUGAUAUCACAAUACCCUAUGGUGAGCUGUUAACAAAGGAGGAUGAAGGACAUCUGGUGGAAGACGUCCGUCAAAAUAAGAGCUCUCUGGUCUGUUGGGUGGUCAGCAACUACCAGAGGCACCACAAGAGAAGCCAAGUGUACAGUGAGCUCAAGACCGUAGUUCCUGUAAAGGUGUACGGCAGUUGGACACAGACACGCCUCCCAUCUACAGCCCUCUUACCUACAAUCUCCCAAUGCUACUUCUAUUUGGCUUUUGAGAACUCGGUCAGCAAAGAUUAUAUCACAGAGAAGCUGUGGAGAAACGCUUAUCAAGGUGGGGCAGUGCCAGUUGUCGUGGGACCGCCACUGAGCGAUUACAGAGCUGUGGCUCCACCUAAUUCUUUCAUCCAUGUUGAUGAGUUUGCUUCAGUAAAGGAUUUAGGAGGGUAUCUGCAACAGCUGGCAGGGGACAAGAAACUCUAUAAUGAAUAUUUUGCCUGGAAACAACAUUGGAAAGUGAAGCUGUACAGAGACUGGAGAGAGAGACUGUGUAAGAUCUGCUUAGAGUACAACAAUUUACCUCAGAGGAAAGUUUACUCUGAUCUAGAGGCCUGGGUUUACGCUACUAGUUAGUGUUUGCACAAUUGUGAUUAGUCAUUAACUGGCAAUUUACCCACAAAUUUUUGACACAUUUACAGGCAUCAUGACCUCAUUUUCUGUAUUAGGAGUAGCUCACUUGUCGUCAUUCUAUUUGUAAUGCAUUUUGUCAUGUUGCUGCUGUGCCAGAACAAUAAAUACAGAAACAGUAACAAAUAGAUCAACGGAAGAAGGAUGAAAACAUGGUAGAAAACUAGGGGGAAACCAAGUUUUACUGCAGAAAUAUGAUGAAUCACAUUUCUCAGGACCCAGGAAAUCCUGUCCAAUGUUUUUAUACAUUGCUAGAGAUUUAUUUAAAAUCACAAAUUAAUUGAUGGGCAAAAACACGUUUUAAAAUUAAAUCUACAACAUACAGUGUGUAAAAAAGUAACAGUAGUGACAAUGUGCUGAAUGAUCCACUAAUAUCAAAAUGUCAGUAUUUGAUUUAUCUGCAUUUUAUUUGUCUUUUGAGAUGUCCAAAACUGUCAUUUCAUGUUUUGUCUGUUUAGCUUUAUCUUAUUUCUUUUACUCCUACAUAAAAGCCAGUUUUCUGCUACUUCUAGAAAUAAAAUGUCACCCAGUCUUAUUGCAGUGAGCACUAUCAACUACAACUAACAGCUCAGUGUCUUCAAACCUGUGUAAAACUGAAGAUACUUUCCAGUUACUGUGAUUCAGUUUGCCACCAUACCUCUUAACAGAUUUUUAAAAAUUAGUUAUUCAGUCUUGUGUUUUCACACUAUUUAGACAAAAAUGGUUGUGAAUCAUCACUGGAAUUGUGGAGAAUUGCAAAAG